AUGGCUACUGCCCAGAUUACAGUUAGCCACCCACUUGCUAUUCCCAUUGUCUAUCAGCCAAGUGCAUCAGAAUCCCCCACUGUAUCUCUCCUGGGACUGAACUCCACUGCGGCCAGCGUCAGGCUAGAUGUUAGCGCACCAUUCUCCGCCAUCCGUAUCCAUGAUGCUGCCAAGCUCAAUGCAAUCUAUCCCCGUCGCGGAAUCUUCAAGACAGCUGCAACUAUUAAGACCUCUUCAGACCAGAAAUUGACAAUCGACCUCUCUCCAAAGUGUGUCGCUCCGAUCCCAGCCUCUCUGCAGCAGUCUCUAGCUGGACACGGUCUUGAGGACAUUCUUGAUUUCUUUAACACGCUCGGCACGGAAUAUGUCCCAUCGAUACUCUCCUCUCUCAGUAUCAUCGCUGGCACCGAUCCUAUAGCCGCACACAGUACCUACAACAUGAACUUCCGUCUUUGCGACUAUAACCCCGUCACCGCUGCCUCUGAAUCCUUAAAUGGAUGCGGCGCCCACACAGACUAUGGCACCUUCACUAUAAUCUUUCAAGACGACGCACCUGGUUCGUGGGUCCCUGUUCCGGGUGAUGCCACUGUAAUCUUGACCGGCUGGUGUGCGGUCAUUCUUAGUGGUGGGCGGAUCACUGCAGCUAGACACCGGGUUAGACGUACACUGGGCGUCCGUCGGCUGAGUGCCGUUUUGUUUAUUGCGCCUGACCUGAAUGUGACGCUCAGGCCUCUGGGUGGGAUUAAACCGACACAGUCUUUUUCUGAGACUAUCAUGCGUGGUAAGAUCGACACUGAGGUCUUCAAGGAAGUGAUGGGAAAGAGAUGGAGAUAUAGGGAGGGGAACGAGGAAAUGGAGGGCCACGAAGUUGGAACUCAGGAUGAUGAAAUUGCGAAGCUCAUUUGGGCAUGA